AUGGAGCUGGGAUGGCUGCUGUGGGGCGCGGCGGUGCUGUUGCUGCUCCAUCUCGUGAUGGAGCUCAGCCCGGCCGUCAACUUCGCUGUCCGCAUCGGCUUCUACUGCCUGCUGUGCUUGGUCAGCUCGGUGCUGACGGUUCCCGUCUGCCUCAUCGUCAACGGCGGCCGCUCCGUCAAGAACAUGAAAAUCAUUAAAACUGUGCUCAAAACCUUCAAGUAUUUACUUGGCGUGAGGUUUGAGGUGAAGGGACUGGAAAACUUCAACAUGGAUGGUCCUGCUAUCAUUGUAUCCAACCACCAGAGCAUCCUGGACAUGAUGGGCCUGAUGGAGAUCCUGCCUGACAACUGUGCCCAGGUGGCCAAGAAGGAGCUGAUGUACGCUGGCACCGUGGGGCUCGUCAUCUACCUCGGUGGAGUCAUCUUCAUCAACAGGAAGAGCACCAGCAGUGCCAAGAUGGUGAUGUCAGAGGUGGCCAAGACCAUGGCAAGUGACAAAGUGAAGGUGUGGGUGUACCCAGAGGGCACGAGGAACUGCACAGGGGAUUUGCUGCCGUUCAAGAAGGGAGCGUUCCACCUUGCUAUCCAGGCACAGGUCCCAGUAAUCCCUGUGGUGUACUCCUCCCUCACUACCUUCUAUAACCCAAAGAAGAAGCUAUUUACAUCAGGCAAAAUCAAGGUUGAGGUUCUGCCUCCUAUAGAGACCAAAGGCAUGACCUCAGACGACGUCACUGCCCUCACUGACAGAUGCUUCCACACCAUGAGGGAGACCUUCUUCAGGCUCUCAGGCCGUCCAAGUGAGGCCAAGGACUCAUCCUAGAUGCUUCUCUGGUGGUGUCACCGUGUGGUGGUGGACUGAAGGGACCUGUCUGUUGCCAAAUACCAAAGGAACUUUUCUUCUGCAGUGACUUCUGACUCUGGGAACCCCACGGUCUGGCCCCUGGGGUGCGGAGCCAGCGCUGACGUUCCCCAUCGAGUGGAUUUCUCUUAUGGGUUCCUUAUCUCACAAUGAAACGUCUCCUUUCUCUGCAUUUCUCAGGCAUCAAACUUAUCCUACCAAAGGGCUCAAUGACCAGAGAGGUGAGUUUUCCCUCAGCUCAGGCAGCUGGUGUGGGGUGGCAACA